AUGGAAAACCAAUCCAGCAUCUCUGAAUUUAUUCUCCGAGGAAUAUCUCAGUCACCAGAGCAACAGCAGUUACUCUUUGGAAUUUUCCUGUGUAUGUAUCUUGUCACCUUAACUGGGAACAUACUCAUCAUCCUGGCCAUCAGAUCAGACCCACGCCUCCACACCCCCAUGUACUUCUUUCUGGCCAACCUAUCUUUUGUUGACAUAGGUUUAACAUCUUCCACAGUUACCAAGAUGCUGGUAAAUGUGCAGACUCAACAUCACACGAUCUCCUAUGCUGGAUGCCUCACACAAAUGUAUUUCUUUCUGAUGUUUGGUGAUCUGGACAGCUUCUUCCUGGCCGUAAUGGCAUAUGACCGUUAUGUGGCCAUUUGUCGCCCUCUCUACUACUCCACAGUCAUGGGCCCCCAAGUCUGUGCCUUGCUGCUUGCGUUGUGCUGGGUUCUCACCCACGCUGUUGCCCUGACCCACACCCUCCUCAUGGCUCGGCUGUCCUUCUGUGUCACCGGGGAAAUAGCUCACUUCUUCUGUGACAUAACUCCUGUCCUGAAGUUGUCAUGUUCUGACACUCACAUCAACAAGUUGAUGGUUUUUGCUUUAGGAGGCACAGUACUCAUUGUCCCCUUUAUCUGCAUUGUCAUCUCCUACAUCCACAUUGUAUUGGCCAUCCUGAGGGUCCGAACUCCUGGUGCAGGAGGCAAAGCCUUUUCCACCUGUAGUUCCCAUCUCUGCGUCGUCUGUGUGUUCUAUGGGACACUCUUCAGUGCCUAUUUGUGCCCUGCCUCUGUUGCCUCUGAAGAGAAAGACAUUGCAGCGGCUGCAGUGUACACCGUGGUGACUCCCAUGUUGAACCCCUUUAUCUAUAGCUUGAGGAACAAGGACAUGAAGGGGGCCCUUAAGAGGCUCCUCAGUCACAGGAGAAUUUUAUCCUCUUAG